CCCGCCUUGCCUCGAGGCCGCGCCCCGAGUCCGGGCCCCGCCCUUCCUGCUUGAGUGAGGGGCGGAGACCGGUGGCUGGGCCUUGGCUGCUGCUGCUGCUGCUGCUCUUCCUCCUCCUGUUAACGAUUCGCGGGUCUCCGGGGCUUCUUUUUUUUCCUCGUGGGCAGACCGGAGAGGAGCUAAGAUGGCGGAUCUGGAGGACCAGCUCUCCGAUGAGGAGAAGGUGCGCAUAGCAGCAAAAUUCAUCAUCCAUGCUCCACCAGGAGAAUUCAAUGAGGUCUUUAACGAUGUUCGAUUGCUACUUAAUAAUGAUAAUCUUCUCAGGGAAGGAGCAGCGCAUGCAUUUGCACAGUAUAACUUGGACCAGUUUACUCCAGUUAAAAUAGAAGGCUAUGACGAACAGGUUUUAAUAACAGAGCAUGGUGAUUUGGGCAAUGGAAAAUUUUUGGAUCCAAAAAACAAGAUUGCUUUUAAAUUUGAUCAUUUACGAAAGGAGGCUACAGAUCCAAAGCCUCACGAUGUUGAAAAUGCAAUUGAGUCAUGGCGAAACUCCAUAGAAACAGCAAUGAGAGCAUAUGUGAAGGAACACUAUCCAAAUGGUGUCUGCACAGUAUAUGGAAAAACUAUUGAUGGACAUCAAACAAUUAUUGUAUGCAUUGAAAGUCAUCAGUUUCAAGCAAAAAACUUUUGGAAUGGUCGUUGGCGAUCAGAAUGGAAAUUUACAAUAACACCUUCAACCACCCAGGUAGCUGGUAUCUUAAAAAUUCAGGUUCAUUAUUAUGAAGAUGGAAAUGUUCAGCUAGUGAGUCAUAAAGACAUACAGGAUUCUCUAACAGUGACUAAUGAAGCCCAAACAGCAAAGGAAUUUGUAAAGAUUGUAGAGGCUGCAGAAAAUGAAUACCAGACCGCUAUCAGUGAAAAUUAUCAAACAAUGUCGGACACUACUUUCAAGGCCUUGCGUCGACAACUGCCAGUUACUCGUACAAAGAUUGACUGGAACAAGAUACUGAGCUAUAAGAUUGGCAAGGAAAUGCAGAAUGCUUAAAAUGAAGGUGGCAAAUAUGAAUAAUUUUGUCCUUCUGUACAAAGUAAAGUUAUUGAAAAGGUAUUCAGAAUUGUGAAGUCACCAAAUCACCAUGGCCAUUUGCCACUGAAAAUAACUGUAAGUAGUUUGGUUAGAACAUAAGGCUUAGCUAACUUACUGUUUUUAUUUGUCCAUUUGUUUCUCCUGCAGAAAGUUAUUAAAAAAUCAGUGUAGCUGAAAUGUUGAGAACUUCUGAUAUAUUAGAUUUUUAUAAUGACAUGCCUAUAGUUUUCAGUUAAAUUAAACAAUUUGAAAAAAAAUAUUUUUGCAUAAGAUUAUCCCAUGUUGCUUGCUUUCAUGCAAAAGGACAGCUUGUCAAACACAAUUCCUUUGAAAAUAUUGUUUCUGGACAUCAUGGAUUUUAGCCAUGUGUAUUGCAGAAAUAUUCUGCCCCUCCACUGUUUGAAAGCUGGAGAAAAGCAUUUCUAUAUCCAAUCCUAUUCAGUUAUUUAAAUAGCUUGGUGUUAAUUUUUUUUUUUUUUAAGUCAAGGUCUAAUGCUGUUUUUAAGACGUUGAAAUUAAACUUUAGUGCUUAUUUUCAAAAUGCAUUUAAUGUUCUGUUUCUGACAGCAACUCACAUGAGUUUGGAUUCUAUCAGUCAUCAAGUUAUUUUUACCAUACAGCCAUAAUUGUAUUAUAGCAAGGCAUAUUGUAAUAUAUAUGUAAUCCUAUACUCAUUAUGUGUCUGUCAGUUUUUUUUCUUCAAUUGAAAUGUACUAAAAUUCAGUGUGAAUUAAACAUGCAAAUUUUCUAUUUAGUUAUGAUUCAUUAUCAUUUCAAAAAUAUAUAUUGUAACACAUUUAAGAAUGAAUCAACUUAUUAAACAUAAAAAGAAGCAGGAGCAGGAAAUAAAAAUAAUCAGUCAUAAACCUCCAAACCAGGUACAAUGAAGUUAGGUAUUGGUUAGACCCUUCUGCAGCCUGGACCCUCUUUCAUGAAAGAAGGAUGCAGCCAGCACACAAAAGGAAGUCCUUGCUGCAGCAGUGUGAAAAAAAGGCCCAGCCAGUACAGCAAUAGUGUGUAGUAUGGUGGGGGCAGUGGCAGCAGGCAGGGCCAGGCAGUGGGGGCAGCUGGCAGCGGGUAGGCGAGCAGUCAAAAGGACAGAGAUGGGGGGAGAUAGGUGUAUGGGGGUGUUGAAGUGGAGGCAGUCCCUUACCUUCUUCCAAGAAUGGCUUGGAUCCAGGUGGGUCCUCACCUAAAGUGUGAGAUUCACUCAGUGAUAGCAACUGGGAUUGCUGGAACUGCCGUUGCUAAGCAAAGCAGUUGUGAUGUUUCACUUAAUGACUGUGUUGCUUAGCAGUGGAGUUGGCAGUCCCAGUUAGAGUCAUUAAGUGAAGACUCUCUGUAAACUGCUUCAAGUUCUUAAUUGUUGCUGGAGGAGAAAAUUAAAGUUUCCAUUUCAUAUUUACAGCUAUAGGAGUAAAUUAGUGAAGUAAAGGAAAGGAUGAGGAAAUGUUAACAUAUCACAAUAUAAUGGUAAGAUAAUGCAAGUUAUUUGCUUCACUUACCAUUAUAAUAAUGGUUAUUUCUGUUUUGCUAUUUGAACUAUAAGAAGAUUAUCAGAAAAAUCAAAUGUUUCUCCAGAGGCUGCUACAUCUGCCACAUCUAUAUUUUUUCAGAAUACCAGUUCCUUUUUUACAGCUCAUCUUUAUAUUGCAUAUAAGUCUAUUUGGACCUCUUAAGAAGCAAAAGUAUGAUACUGCAGUAAUAACAUUAUUGCACCCUCUUCAUGCUCUAUUUUUCCAGGCACAUUCCUUUAUGAGAAGGUUACAAAAUACAGCUUUCUUUCCAUACCACAUUAGGUACAAGUGGAAAAAAUAGCAAGGAAUUAGAUUUAAAAUUAUGAUUCCUAUUAAGCUGUGCUUUCUAAAAAUCACAAUGUCCCUCAAAAGCUGAUAUAUUUUAUAGUUUUGCAGAUGUGGUAAAAUAAAAAGUUCAGAAUAAAAGUUUUUAAAAACUUGGUAAAGAGUGGCUCUUACAUUAGGCUCAAGAAGUCUACCUUUGUUAAUAAAAUAUUGAGCAUACAUGGAAGACUUAAUUAGAUCUUCUUACAUUCUUUGAUGAUACCAUAUCCACUCACACCAGUAUAUCUAGUAGAUACCAAAUUUCAAUUGGAAAACUACAGAUACUGUGAGAGAAAUCAUAGUCCUUCGGUGUGAAUGUCAGUUAUAUAAGCGGAGGAAGCUGGUACUUCCAUUAGGAAAAUCAUUAAUUUCUGCAUUAAAUAGCUCUGUGAAAUCUAUGAAGCAAGCUAAAAGCAGGAAGUUGUAUAUGGAAGAUUUUUAAGUGGUGCAUGGUAUUUUUUUUGUACAAUUCUAUUUUACAGAACAAUAUUUCACAAUUAUCAUUAGAACUGUAAUAAAUAAUGAAAUUUCCUAAUAGAAGAGAUAUAAAUUAUCCUAUUGUAUUAUCCUUAAAAAAUAUUUUGUUAACAUUUAAAAUAUUCAAGUUUCAAAAAGUAGAAUAUUGUUUGAUGUAUCUAUCCUAAGCAUAGAAAAAAAAUCCAAACAACUUGCACAGAACUUCUGUCCAAUAAAUUUAUAGUUUAUUUGCCAGGUGAGCAUAGAAUGUUUCUUGCUUUUUCUGUUGUCUGUCACAGGUGUUACUGAAAGAUUGACGGGGUGCUACAUCAUGGAUAUUAUGUCAUUCUCUUUCUUAUUCUUAAAAAGAUCCUGAAUGGGAUUUAAUGCUUCUGAAAACAUAUUAAUGUUUUAGCUACAUUAGUUACCAUAGCCACCGCAAUCCUGAUGAGGCUUCUUUAUUUGUAAUAAUUGAAUGAUAAAAUAAAGAUGGUAAUGCUUUUGCCAUAUA